GCAUGCAGUGUGAAUGGUCCUCUGAUAGGUGUUGUGAUCAUGAUUUAAAAUUUUUAUAAGAAUUUAUUUAGUUGAAAAGGUACUUUAGCAGGACAACGGUAAACAGUCAAAAUCUUUAAUAAAGCCCUAAUUAAUAAAAGCAGAAGAAAAACAAAUAGAUUGCUUACAUAAUUCUUUUCUUCAUGAUGAGAAUCACCAUUUUGUCUUAUCUUUGAUAUAAGAAAAGUUUAUUUUCUACGGAUAUCUUCUGAAGUUUAUGAAACAUCAAGUUUUUUGAAGAAAAAUGCCACCAUCACAUAAAAGAGCAAAAAUAGAUGAUGAAGAAAGUUGUAUAACUAAUGACAAACCUAGUACUUCAAAAGGAAACAAUGAGGAUUGGCGUGAAAAAGCUGAAAGUUUUAAAGAGAGGCAUAGGCAUGCAAUGAAACAAGGAAUUCUGACUGAUGUUUCAUUUGCUGUGGGGCCUCAAGGAACUCCUCUUUAUGCACAUAAAAUGAUUCUUGCCUUGGCUAGUCCUGUUUUUGAAGCCAUGUUUUAUGGUUCUCUAAAGGAAACAGGUGAAACUAUUGGCAUUCCUGACAUAAUGCCCAGUGGAUUUCAGUUAUUAUUAGAUUACAUUUAUACUGAUAACAUGGAAUUCGAGAAUGAAACGGAUGCUUUAUAUGCCUGGUUCGCUGCAGAUAAAUACUGUUUAUCGCAUAUGAGAGACAUCUGUUGCAAUUACUUAACCCAUUGUACACUAACAAGUGAUAAUGUAUGGAUAAUUCUAGAAAACUCAGUCUUUCUGAAUUCCAAACCCUUGGCUGAGAAGUGCCUGAUUUACUUGAAGACGAAUAUAGCUGGAGCGAUGUGUAGUGCCAGUUUUUUGGACAUAACUGGUGAAACUCUAAAAAAAAUUCUUUCUAUGGAUUCAUUGUACAUCAAGGAAAUAGAACUUUUGAAAGGUAUUGUAUGGUGGGCAAAAGAGAAACUGAAAAAUGGAUCCGAGGAGCCUCCCUUGCAACAGUUUUUAGAACCUUAUUUAAGUCAGAUACGCUUUGGUUGCAUAUCUCAGGGGGAUUUUGUGGAUUUCAUUGAUGUACACCACAAUAUAAUUACUGAUUCUGAUGCUUUAGCCGUAUUGAAAUACAUGACGGAUAAUAGAACUUAUUCCUUACCCAAUUGGUGCUCCCAUAACGUGUAUCCCAGGAGAGCGUGCGAAAAGAGGCAAGGUUCUUUGAAAAUGACUCUGAAUAUUCGUUCGUAUGCAGCGAUUAAACCUCAACCGUCGUCUCGCCCCAACGAACAGUCGGGCAAUCAGUCAUCUCACAACUCGAGGAACGAGAGAAUUCCCGUACAUCCUCGGAAUGUGAGUGGUCCGAGCAGAAGGCGAGAAGAAGAUAACGAUUCGCAUUAUUAUUCAUCUUCAUUGUCUGAGGACGAUGACGAUGAUGGGAGUGUUUCAAGAAGAGCUGUUGCUGCCUCGAAUGUGGAUUCGGAUGACACAUCGUCUUCGUACAGCUCUUCCUCAUCAAGUACUGCACAAUCGUUCUCUUCUUGAGUUUUACCUUUUAGUUUAAUUAUUGUUUACUGGUGAUCAAUAAUAAAAAAAGUGAUUACACACAAAUGGAAUAAGAGGAUUUAAGUUUUGCCCCAUUUGUGUGCAGGACUGCAUUCAAAUGGGAUAAUGUUUUUUUAAUAAUAAAAGAGAACUUGGAGUUCUUUUUGGAAAUGUAAUUACACAAUUAAAGAUUCCCAACUUAUUUCAAAAAAUUUUCAGAAAAACUUUUAAGUCACAAAAAGGGUAAAUGGAUCAAUUAGGAUUUUGAGAUGUUUAACAAUGAAAAACAACUUCCCCUUUUAUGAGAAUAUUAAAAAAAGAAUUGCAUGAGUAAAAAUCUAGAUUUUUAAAAAUUUCGCAAAAAAAGCUGUAUUAAAAAGUAAGGAUAAUAUAUUUUGCACAAAUGGGAAUGGAUUAAUGUAGUUUCCACUAAGGGGUUUAAUAUUGUAAAAAAUAAAAUUUCAUCAGUGAGAAUUGCAUUUUUUUUUCAAAAAAUUUUCAGAAGAAACUUGAAAUUAUAAUAAAAAAAUAAUUAAAUAAAUAAGAAUCUAUCUUUCUGAAUGGUUUAGAAUACUGAAGAGAAUUACAAAAUAAAAAUCUUGCUUUUUAAAGAUUUCGGGCAAAAAUCGAUACUGUAAUAUAGUUAGCACUAACGGGAAAAAGUGUGAUGAAAUUUUUUUCUUCUGGAAAAUGUGAUAUAUUAUGGGAAAGUAAAUAAACAAAUGGUAUUCUGAAGAUUUUUAUCAAAAAUUCUUCAAAUAAAAAGACAAAACUGACUUGAAAAUUAUUAAUGAAGGAAUUAAGUAAGGAUUUGGCAUUUUAAUAUUUGCUUGAAAGCUUUGUACUGUAAAAAAAUGUGAUACAUAAAUGGAAUUCUCCAUAUUUAACCAUUUAAUUCGAAUGCUCACAUUUUUUAAAAGUUAAAAAAAAUAUUUGUGUUUGUUUAGGUAUUUUAAGUUUAUGUAUAUUUUUUAAUGUCGUACGUAUGUGAUAUGUAUGUAUAUGACUGUAAUAUAUGAGCCUGUAAAUGUAAAUUAGCAUAUGGAUUUAAAAAUGGUAAAACAGAAAUUCAUGGAGAAGAGUAUCAAUAUAAAACAGUUUCAAAAUGAUUUAAAUAAAUCUUUAAAUAUGUAACUAUGGGCCUUUUGGCAUUUUCUUUGUUUUAUAUUUUAUUGUGAAGUAUUUACUCUGAGUAUCUUUCUUUGAUCUUUUAUUCUAACUGUGAGUAUAACACCUAAAUAAAGAAAUCUACACCAAAUUAGUAAUUGUAAGGUGAAGGAAUAAAUGUCUUUAUAUAUCUUUUUAUUUCAGGGUGGCUACCCACCUGGAAAACCUGUAAUUAUCAGGGAAUUUUUUUAUACUGGAAAAAACCUGGAAAAAUGAGGGAAAUUUGGGUAAAACCCUGAAAAAAAUCAAGGAAUUUCGAAGAAAAGCUGGAAUUUUUCUCUUAAUUUAAAUUAUUUUUCCAUCCGUUAUGAACACCUUUAUUUAGAUGUAAAUUUAUCGUAAAAAAGUUGAAAUAUUGGUUUAAAGAAAAUUAUUUCAAUGAGUUUUAUAAAGAGCACUGUUAGGAUAAAAUACAGUAUAAAAUGGCUCUAUAUUGAAAUGUAAAUAAAUAUAAAAAUUUAUUGGUUUCUAAUCACCUGGAAUUUUCUUUUGCUUAAUAAAAAUAUGUUAAACAGUACCUAUCCAAGGUUGUUUUGGGUCAUUGCUAUUUGGUACAUUUUGUGCAAAAACUAUUUAACACUUAAAAUUUGCAGGGAUUUGCAUAUUGUUUCCUUCACAUUAAUUCCAGACAAUAUAUUAAAAAAAUAGCAUUUUAAAUGAAAUACUACAUUAUUAUAUAGACUAAUAUUGACACUUUUUUUCCUUGUACCUAUGCUACACUUUAGCAGAGAAAAGAACAGUUUACUUGGAAAUUGUAAGAUUUUUAAUUUGAAACCUGAAUUGAGUGGCCACCCACUUUUUAGGUGCAAUAAAGACAACUUAACAAAAAUAUAAACAACUGCAUUGAUUUCAUGUAUCGUUUUUCAUUUUCUUUUUGUGCAUUUAGCGUGAUUGUGGCUGCCUUUGCAAAAUUCAAAAUUUUGGGAGCUACAUUUUGUAUAUAUUGCAGUGUAUGUAAUAAAGUUUAUCUUAUAUUCAUGA